AUGGAUAAUCCUUUGACUCCUAAUAAAAUUCAACGUCUUAUUCACUUAGCAGAAGAUAAAUCCUUCAAUUUGCCACGGCGAAUGCUUUUAAAUGAUGAAGAUUUAAAAAGACUCACUGUGGUAAAUAAGUCGAGUUCAAACACAAAUUAUGAAUUGUCAUCUGGUAUCCUAGAUUUGGAGAGAGUUCAAGGUUUUGGGGACUCUGUGAUUGGAAAUAUCUCUCUGAGCAAAUCUACGGCCUUCAAUCCUGGAGAAAUGACAGGGCGUUCCACAGGCACUGAAGAUGUGAACACAAAGUCUAUGGUACAUGGGGUCACAAGAACAUUUGAAGAAUUUGGUCGUCAUUCUUUGGUAUUAGACUCUCUGACUAGUCAAAUGGACAAACAAACUAACGAAAUUGAAGAUAUAAUGAGGCAUUCUAUUGCCACUAACUACUCAUUUAAUACAAAGAGAGACUUGACUGCAGAUGAGAAAUCAUUCAUGAUGAGGGAAGCGCCUUUGCCAGUACAACCUGGCACACAAACUAACUUUGCUGAAAGUAUAACAUUGAAUAAUUCAAAUAUGUCUAUGGGAACCUAUUUUAAAAACAGAUGUCCAGAAUUUGGAAAAAUUUUAGAGAAAACAGAUAGCCCUGAUAGAUCUCUAAGACCAAGUAUUAGUGAAGUAUCAACAAAUGCUAUGGAAUAUGCUGAUAAAGAGGCUAAUGUAUUCAAAAUUGACCAUUCCCUGGAUAGUGUACCUGUGAAGCAGCCUCGCAAUACUAUUGAAAAGAUACCAGAGAACCGCAUUGUUAACAAUUUGAGUGAGACAUUUGAAAAACAGAAUAAUUUUAACUUAACACAAGGUAAACAGGAUGUCCUUACUAGCAAAUUAAAUGUCAAGAUGGAAAAUCCAAAGAAAUACCCUCAAGGAUCAUUUGCAACUGUGCCACAUUCAGUAAAUAUGUCAAAUCAAAAACAUUUUGUUAGUUCUGUUGCCAAACCAACUGAUGUAUUAUUAAGAAACUUACAGUCUUCUCUCAGAUUGAUGACAGACGACACAGAAGGCUCUGUGGAAAACUCAUUUAGCAUUUCAAAAAUUGCAGAUUAUCUUGGGAAGCAGUCCAAUGUAAGCGUAUCGGACAUGAUUCAGAUGAAAAAGAGCACCAAGAAACAACCACUAACUGAAUUACAAAUGAACACACAGGACAGAUUAAUAAAUCAUAAUAUCCAAGUAACAAACUUAAAGGAUAGUAAACAUACUGCAACUGCUAGUUCAGCUGGUAGUAUUAAUACUGUUAUAUCUGUUGAUAAAUUGAAGAUUAGUAAUGAGAAUUCUGAGGACAUACCUGCAGUUGUUGUUACACAACACUCGGUUUGUGGUAAUGAUGAAGUCAGCCAUGAUUUGGAAGAUUUUAAAUCAAAUCGUCGCACUACUAGGUCAAAGUCGCCGUCUAGCAAGAGCCAGUCAACGCUAAGUACAGUUCAAGAAAACUUUCCCAAUUUCAAAUCUGAGAACAGCUCUUUGCAAUCGAGUAGAGGCGAAGCUAGCGCGUCAAAUGCAGCCUCACCAAAUAUAGAGUAUAAAGAGUUAGAUAAAUCUGUAGAUUGGCACGAAGUUUUACUCCAGAAGCGUUUGAAACAUGAAGGCUUUAAUAGAGAACAAUGGGCAGACAUUGUAUCUACACCAGCGAAUGGAUUUGUUGGAGCGAGUUGUGCAGUAACAAUUACGGUAACCACAAUCACAGACAGUUGGCUAACUGCCAAAUUAAAAUUCGAUGAAUUGCCUAACGACGGUCGAGACCUCACUGUGGAGUUACCGCGAUUCCCAAUUCUGCUGUCACCAGGGAAAACUGAAAAAUUUACUCUCUACCUAACCUCUAUGGUUGAAAUGACCACUCUCUUGCCAUUUACAAUGUUGUUCAAAGACGCCUCGAUAGAAGGAGAAAUAGAACAACAAGGAAAGAUAGAUGUAGAUAUAAAAAUGCCAGAGAUACAGGCUAUGUCAUGUGAUGGUGUAAACAAAGUGAGCUUUCCACCUACCAUUCAGAAAGCCUGUAUUAAUAAAUCGUUCGUACUUAUAAGUGAAGGCCCAGUAGAUUUGCAACUCGAUUUGUCUAUUAAGGAAGGUGAGGGUAUGUUUUUCAUUAAGAACGCUCAAGAGGUGAAGAAGUCUGAUAUAAAUAAAGUGCUAAUGGAUGGGCCUUCAGAAGAGCAUAUGGGCAGACAAAAGCAAAAAGCUAUGAACAAACAGUUGUGUAGACUAUCCAGCGGCAAUGCUCUCAAGGUUACAGUUUCAUUCAAUGCUCCUAAGUUUUCUGAUCUGCAAAUAACUAAUGAUAUUGCAUCUUUCGGUGGUACACUCAACGUGAGUCUGAUGGGUGUUAAAACUGUAUUAAGAAAAAUAGAGCUCAUUGGUGUCGUUGGGGUUUUGAAUUUAGUCAUUGGCAUCCCUGGAAAUAAGCUUCGUCUAACCAAAGAAAAAACAACUGUAAUGCUUCAAAACACUGGUACAAUUCCUGGUAUGUGGAUCAUGAAGUUUAAGAAUACCAAUCAGAGUAAUCUAAUACAAUUUUCACCAUCAAAGUUUGACCUUCGUCCUGGCAUUUCAAAGCCCAUAACAUUCACAUACAGUGGACACGAAGACAAUGUCUUUGAGACAUCGCUGAUAUUUGAAGAAAUCAAUACAGGUCAUAAAACUAAUCUUGAAAUUAUCACUGGAGUUGAAAAGCCAAAAGUGUUUCCUAUAAAAACUAACCACAAUAGCUUAUCUUGGGUUCGUGCUGGUCGAAAAGAGCUCAGCCUGAAAAAUUCAAGCAACUCAAAAGUUCACAUCAAGUGCCAAGUUAUUGGCGACGGUUUCUCUAUAGAUGUGCCUGGUGCAGAAUCUAGAGGAACAUAUUUGUUGCCGUUUGGACCGUGCGAAUGUAGAAUAGUGCCUAUAAUUUUCAAUCCAACUACUUACAAUCCUUGUUCUGCCACGUUGCACAUGGUGUUUGACAGAAACAGUGAUGCAUCUAGAAAGGUAAUGUUAUAUGGAUGCGCGGGCGGCGAGCAUAUGCGUUGGUCCGGUUUGGUGACAUAUGGUGAUACAGCGCUAGUGCGGGCAGUCAGUCGCGCUCCCAUACAACUCAACUUGUACAAUAAAUCGCAUCUACCCGCAUUUGUAUGCGCACGAGUGCAUUUCAAUCUUCAAUACAUGUGCGUGGCUGGUACCGCGCAAGUAUCGGGCGGCUCUCACGUGGUGGGCGGUCGCGCGCGCCACACGCUCACACUGGGCGUGGAGUGGGCGCGCGUGGAGCGGCGUGCCCGCGACGCGCCCGCCUCCACCGCGCUCGCGACUGUCACGAUACUCACCGGCGCUGAGUGUACGCGACGCAGGAUACUACGAAUCCUUAAAGAGGAGUCUAAUGGAGAGCUGGAUUGUUCGCUCUUACCAGAUCACCUGAAAGUGCUCACUGAUAAGUUAGAAGGUGAAGACGCGAACAUGGACGAACGUCUCGCUGAUUUUAAGGAAACGAAAGCUUCUUUGAAUGAACUCAUUGGAGGAUUGCAAGAGCUUACGGCGCAAAUCGAUCUUCCACAAGAUUUCACUGAUGAAAACACCAUAAUUAUUACUGAUGAUACUGUGAUAGAGCAUCAUACUCUUUGUGAUCAAUGA